UAGAUAAAACACAACUGAUAAAGAUUUUGAAAUACCUUUAUUUGUAAUCUCAUGUAUUCCAGUCAAAUACAUUUAAGAAUGUAUCAUUAAAUAAGGGUAAAGACUAAGAAAUUGGGAAAAUCCACGAAAAAGAGAGUUAUUGCUGGACUUACAAUGGAGGAAAUGAUGAUUCAGUGUAUGAUGUUUGAUCAAGAUUGCUUCCGGGAUGUUCGAAUGCUUGCUGCUUCACGUAUCCAGAAUGAAUGGCUAGAACAAAAUUUACCUACUCUCGUCGAAGUCUCAAAGAAAGAUUUUAUGUCGUAUCGAGACAUUUACACUUUUGCUAAUAAGAAGAUUAUCUUUGAUGUCUGCGAUACUGAUAGAAAUAUUUUGAGUAAAUUAACAGUGAGGAACCUCAUUUUUCUCGGAAGCAUGUUUGAUGGGUUGUAUUUAGAGAAAGGUCUACCAAUUUUUGACAGCGGCACGUCUCCGAUGAAUGACACAGAUCUGGACAUUAUUAUAGAAUAUGGAGGUAUUGAAAUAGUUGACGGCCACAUAAAAACCACCUAUAUGGGCGAAUAUCUUCAUGCGGAAGAAACACAAAAUCCUGGAUAUUAUAAAAUGAGAUUAUGUAAUUCAUCGGUCCUGUAUGAGAGGAAACAAAUAUAUCUGAAGGCUUUGAAACUGAAACAUAAGCUCUCAGCCGAUUUAGAGGCUGCAAAAUUUGUUUUCGUGAGUCAUCAGUCAUUUGAAACAUUUACAGGUGCGUCCUUAAGUGGUGUAAUCGAUGUUGAACUAGGAGUUAUACAGACAGAUCUGGUAGCCGCUUUAACCAUGCAAAAAUGGCCAGAAGUUGCGAAAUCAUUCAUCUCCAGACCAAGGUUUUAUGGAUGGCCCUCUAGACUUACUACAAACCAUCACAAGUAAAGGAUGCGGUUUUGUCGCAAAAGCUUACUCUGGAAGUGUGGAUACGGAAUAUCAAUGGAGAAUUUCGUUUGCAUCAUCCGAAAAACAGUUGGUUCGAUCUCUUUCUGAUCAUCAGAUCCGGGCAUAUCUGUUCUUGAAAACAAUUUUCCGUCAGUAUUUGCAAAAGACGGAAGAUUUGUCAAGUUAUAUGAUGAAAAACAUUUUGUUUUGGACUCUCGAGAACACACAUCCUCAAAACUGGGGAGAAGGUAGAAUAUUUUGGUGUAUCAAUGCUCUUCUUAACACUCUUCACAAUUGUCUUAAAAGCAGAACACUCAGUAGUUAUUUUCUUCCUAGUUUAAAUUUGAUAGGUCAUCUUGACAUAAAAGUUGUAAGCUGGCUUGCAGAAAGGGUACGCUCAAUUCAGAGGAACUUGCUUGAAAUUAUCAUGAGAUGCAAAGAAUCUCCCAACUUUAAAGGCGUAUGUGAAGUAUCACUACCGAGGCUUUUAGACUAUUCUUCUGCAGAGGUAGUGUCUGUUCUAAGUAUGACAUACUUCUCCAUGUAUCUUUUCAUCAGAUUUCAAGUCAUGAGAUAUCAUGUUAAGGUGGACUUUCAAACAUUUAAAAAAUCAUUCAAAAGGCGAUGCAAGAGCAUGUGCGACCAGAUAGCACCGCGAGCCGCCUGGUACUUUCUUCAGUCUAUCAAACUUCAACAAGAUAGUUCACUGUAUGACCUUGAAUUCAACAACAAAGGAGAACUUGUUAUUGAUAUCUACAGAAUGCGUGAAAAGGUUGUUGACUUCUGGCGUAGCCCAGUCUAUGAAGGGAUAUUUCGAAGAGUGAUAGAAACUCAAGAAUUGGGCGCAAGUGUAACAGUUUCAUUCAUUCCCAAAUUUGAAGACUUUGUAAGCUGGGUAGAUAUGGAAUGUCAGUGGUCUGGAGGUAUCCCGAUUACACAUGACCAUAGUAGUGAAGAGUUUCCUUUUCUCACACUUGAAUAGAAUAAAACAAUAAAUCAAGAGGUUCAUUUUGAGCAAAUAUUAUUCAGAUGUGGAGAUGCAACUUUUGAGCCCUAUGUGUCAUAUGUCUUUUCGAAGACAGAAAACGAAAUAAUGUUUUUUUUUGUUCAAAAUACAUCUGAUACAUUGAUAUC